CCGCGCGCCCCCGGCCCCCGCCAAUGGUGACCCCGCUUCAUCCCCUGUGGCGCUGCGGGAUGGCCCCGAGGUGACAUCGGCUGAGGAUGACCCUGACGGAGAGGCUGCGGGAGAAGAUAUCGCGGGCCUUCUACCGCCACGGGCUGCUCUGCGCCUCCUACCCCAUCCCCAUCAUCGUCUUCACCGCCCUGUGCAUCGUGGCCUGCUGCUCCCCGCUCCUGAAGUUGCCCCUGCCCGGCACGGGCCCCGAGGAGUACAGCACCCCGGCGAAGGACUACGCUCCGCCGCCUUCCGAGCCGGACCCCGCGCAGAGAGAGGCCGGCGAGCAGCCCGACUGGUACGUGGGCGCCCCCGUGGCCUACAUCCAGCAGAUCUUCGUCAAGGCCACCGUGUCCCCGUGGCCCAGCGACUUCCUGGCGGCGGACGUGUUCCGUUCGCCGCUGUCGCGCGUCUUCCAGCUGGUGGAGGAGGUCCGCAACCACGUCCUCAGAGACGGCUCCGGGAGCGAGAGCCUGGAGGAGCUGUGCCUGCAGGUGACGGACCUGCUGCCGGGGCUGAGGAAGCUGAGGGACCUGCUGCCCGAGCAUGGCUGCCUCCUCCUCUCGCCCGGGAACUUCUGGCAGAACGACCGCGGCCGCUUCCACGCCGACCCGGACGUCAUCCGCACCGUCCACCAGCACGAACCCAAGACCCUGCAGACCUCGGCCACGCUCAAAGACCUGCUGUUCGGAGUCCCCGGGAAGUACAGCCGGGUCAGCCUGUACAACCGGAAGAGGAUGGUGUCCUACGCCAUCACCCUCGUCUUCCGCCGCUACCACUCCAAGUUCCUGAGCAGCCUGCGGGCCCGGCUGAAGGUCCUCCACCCGAGCCCCAACUGCAGCCGGCUGCGGGAGGAUCGCCUGGUCCACGUGCACUUCAAAGAGGAGAUCGGCGUGGCCGAGCUCAUCCCCCUCGUCACCACCUACGUCAUCCUCUUCGCCUACAUCUACUUCUCCACGCGGAAGAUUGACAUGGUGAAGUCCAAGUGGGGCCUGGCGUUGGCCGCGGUGGUGACGGUCCUCAGCUCCCUGCUCAUGUCCGUGGGGCUGUGCACGCUCUUCGGCCUGACGCCCACCCUCAACGGCGGGGAGAUCUUCCCCUACCUGGUGGUGGUCAUCGGGCUGGAGAACGUGCUGGUCCUCACCAAGUCGGUCGUGUCCACCCCGGUGGACCUGGAGGUGAAGCUGAGGAUCGCCCAAGGCCUGAGCAACGAGAGCUGGUCCAUCAUGAAGAACAUGGCCACGGAGCUGGGCAUCAUCCUCAUCGGCUAUUUCACCCUGGUCCCGGCCAUCCAGGAGUUCUGCAUGUUUGCCGUGGUGGGCGUCGUGUCCGACUUCUUCCUCCAGAUGCUCUUCUUCACCACCGUCCUGUCCAUCGACAUCCGCCGCAUGGAGCUGGCCGACCUGAACAAGCGGCUGCCCCCGGAAGCCUGCCUGCCCGCGCCGGCCAAGCCCUCGGGGCGCGGUGCCCGGCGGUCCGAGCGCCGGCCGGCCCUGCGGCCCGCCACCCCGCACACCAUCACGCUGCAGCCCCCGGCCUUCCGCAACCUGCGCCUCCCCAAGCGGCUGCGCGUCGUCUACUUCCUGGCCCGCACCCGUCUGGCGCAGAGGCUCAUCAUGGUGGGCACGGUGAUCUGGAUCGGCAUCCUGCUGUACACGGACCCCGCCGGGCUGCGCACCUACCUGACGGCCCAGGUGACGACGGAGCAGAGCCCGCUGGGCGAGGCGGGGCUGCCCCCCAUGCCCGGGCCCGGCGGGGUGCUGCCCGCCGACCCCCAGAGCGCCCUGGCGGUGCUCCCCCCCGGCGGCCCCAGGCCCGCGGAGAACGAGACGCCCGCCCGGCCGCCCCCGGAGGGGCGGGAGGCCAGGAGGGCCCCGGAGGUGCUGACCUGGGGGCCCGAGGACCGGGACAGCUGGAGGAAACUCUCCUUCCGCCACUGGCCGACCCUCUUCGGCUACUACAACGUCACCCUGGCCAAGAGGUACAUCAGCCUGCUCCCGGUGAUCCCCGUCACCCUCUACCUGAACCCCCGGGAGGCCCUGGAGGCGCGGCACCCGCAGGAGGCCGAGCGCUACCAGCCCCUGGCGCCCGCCGGGCCCGAGCCGGGGGAGGCGGAACCCGCACCCAGGCCCCGGGGCCACGGGGACGUCACCCUCUACAAGGUGGCAGCCCUCGGCCUGGCCUCGGGCAUCGUCCUGGUGCUGCUGCUGUUCUGCCUGUACCGCGUGCUCUGCCCCAAGAACUACGGGCAGCACGGGCCGGCCCACGCCCGCCGCAAGCGGGGUGACCUGCCCUGCGACGACUACGGCUACGCCCCGCCCGAGACGGAGAUCGUCCCGCUGGUCCUGCGCGGGCACCUCAUGGACAUCGAGUGCCUGGCCAGCGACGGGAUGCUCCUGGCCAGCUGCUGCCUGGUGGGCCAGAUCCGCGUGUGGGACGCCCAGACGGGCGACUGCCUCACCCUCAUCCCCAAGCAGGGGCCGCGCCGGGACAGCGGCGGGGUCUUCGACUCCCAGGAGCCGUGGGAGCAGCCGGCGGACGGGGGCGGCCCCGAGGAGGCCCCGCCGCCGCCGCCCCCGCUCUUCGGCGACCAGCCGGACCUGAGCGGCCUCAUCGACACCGACUUCGCGGAGCGGCCGCCGGGCCCGCCGGAGCCCCCCGGGCCCGAGCCCCGCCACCGCGGCCCCCCCGGCUACGACUUCGGCAGCCUGGUGCGGCGGGCGUACGGCGAGGAGGGGCCGGCCGGACCCCCGGGCCCGGGGCCGCCCGAGGACGAGGCCGCGGCCCCCCCGGACAAGGGCUCGCCCCUCCCCGCCUGGGGCCCCGACGGCGCCGUGUGGAGCCUGGACCUGCAGGGGAACCUCAUCGUGGCCGGCCGCGGCGACGGCAAGCUGGAGGUGUGGGACGCCAUCGAGGGCACCCUGUGCUGCAGCAGCGAGGAGGCCUCCGCGGGCAUCACCGCCCUCGUCUUCCUCAACAAGCGGAUCGUAGCCGCCCGGCUCAACGGCGCCCUGGAUUUCUUCUCCCUGGAGACGGGCUCGGCCCCGAACCAGCUGCAGUUCCGAGGCACCCCGGGCCGGGGCAGCGCCCCGACGGCCCCGGCGUACGGCGGCGGCGGCGAGGUGGUGCGAUGCCGCCUGACCCACACGGUGCCCUGCGCCCACCAGAAGCCCAUCACCGCCCUGAAGGCCGCCGCCGGGCGGCUGGUGACCGGGAGCCAGGACCACACUCUGAGGGUGUACCGGCUGGAAGACUCCUGCUGCCUCUUCACCCUCCAGGGUCACUCGGGGGCCAUCACGGCCGUGUACAUCGACCAGACGAUGGUGCUGGCCAGCGGGGGCCAGGACGGGGCCAUCUGCCUGUGGGACGUGCUGACGGGCAGCCGGGUCAGCCACGUGUUCGCCCACCGCGGGGACGUCACCUCUCUCACCUGCACGGCCUCCUGCGUCAUCAGCAGCGGCCUGGACGACGUCCUCAGCGUCUGGGACCGCGGCACGGGCAUCAAGCUCUACUCCAUCCAGCAGGACCUGGGCUGCGGGGCCAGCCUGGGCGUCAUCUCCGACAGCCUGCUGGUGACCGGGGGCCAGGGCUGCGUCUCCUUCUGGGACCUCAACUACGGCGACCUGCUGCAGACGGUCUACCUGGGCAAGAGCUGCGAGGGGCAGCCCGCCCGCCAGCUGCUGGUGCUGGACAACGCCGCCAUCGUCUGCAACUUCGGCAGCGAGCUCAGCCUGGUCUACGUGCCCUCCGUGCUGGAGAAGCUGGACUGAGCGGCGCCGGGCGGAAUUAAACUCGCCUUUUCUUUUUUUU